AUGGCACCUACUUUGAAGAGAUCCAGAUUAGAGGACAGCGAUGCUGAAGCGGCUUCCAGCGGUGAUGAAGAUCAAGAUGUCGGAUUUGACAUUGCUGGAGAUAUUGCAUUGAAUUCAAGUGAGUCUGAUGCUAGUGAAUCUGACGAUGAUGAGGAAGACGUUCAAGAUGUCAUCGAAUAUAGUGAUGAUGAAACUGAGACAAAGAAGAAAAAUGACAAAAAGAAGAACAACAACAAAACGAAAGAGGAUAAGAGUUUUCCUAGCUUAGAAUUGUCUGAUGAUGAAGCAGACCGUCGAAACAACGAAGACGAGGAUGAUGAUGUUAAUGCAUAUUUCUCUACCACAAAUUUGGAUAAAUCUAAGCAUAAGAAGGGUAGUUUCCCCAGUUUCGGUCUAUCAAAAUUCAUUAUCUCUAACAUUACGAGAAAAGGGUUUCGUCAACCAACACCUAUCCAAAGAAAGACAAUCCCUUUGAUUUUACAAAAUAGAGAUAUUGUUGGUAUGGCCAGGACAGGGUCAGGUAAGACGGCAGCAUUUAUUCUCCCCAUGAUUGAGAAACUAAAGACUCAUUCUGGUAAGAUUGGUGCUCGUGCAGUUAUCUUAUCACCAUCAAGAGAAUUGGCAAUGCAGACUCAUAAUGUAUUUAAAGAUUUUUCCAAGGGAACUCAAUUACGUAGUGUCUUAUUGACAGGUGGUGAUUCCCUUGAAGAUCAAUUUGGUAUGAUGAUGAACAACCCAGAUGUCAUCAUUGCUACACCGGGUAGAUUCCUACAUUUGAAAGUGGAAAUGAAUUUAGAUUUGAAAAGUAUUGAAUAUGCUGUCUUCGAUGAAGCUGAUAGAUUAUUUGAAAUGGGGUUCCAAGAACAAUUAAAUGAGUUGUUGGCCUCAUUACCAUCUUCAAGACAGACGCUACUAUUUUCAGCCACUUUACCAAGUUCAUUGGUUGAUUUUGCUAAAGCUGGUUUAACAAAUCCUGUCUUGGUUAGAUUAGAUGCUGAAACAAAGAUUUCUGAAAACUUGGAAAUGUUAUUCCUUUCUACCAAGAAUGACGAAAGGGAAGCAAAUCUAUUAUAUCUGUUACAAGAAGUGAUUAAGAUUCCUCUGGCAUCCAGAGACCAACUUGCAAAGUUUAAUGCUCAAAAUAUAAAGGAUAAUGCAUCAGAUUCUGAUUCGGACGGAGACGAUAAGAGGCAAAAGGGGAAGAGAAAGAAAUUUAAAAAAGAACGUUUACCUCCAGCAAAUCAAUUGCCAUCAGAAAAAUCUACUAUAUUGUUUGUUCCUACACGUCAUCACGUUGAAUAUAUUUCCAACUUAUUAAGAGAAUCUGGAUAUUUGAUAUCGUAUAUUUACGGUACUCUGGAUCAACAUGCACGUAAACGUCAACUAUAUAAUUUUAGAACUGGUCUCACAUCCAUUUUAGUCGUUACUGAUGUUGCAGCCAGAGGUGUGGAUAUCCCCAUGUUAGCGAAUGUGAUUAACUUCUCACUCCCUGCUUCCUCCAAGAUUUUCGUUCAUCGUGUAGGUAGAACGGCAAGAGCUGGUAAUAGAGGUUGGGCAUAUUCUAUUGUUUCUGAAUCUGAACUGCCUUAUUUGUUAGAUUUGGAAAUCUUCUUGGGUAAAAAAAUCUUAAUGACACCUAUGUAUGAUUCCAUGUCGGAUAUAAUGCUAAAGAAAUGGAUUGCCGAGGGUCACGAUGAAAUAAAUUUCAAACCUCCAAAGGUAUCGUACACUAAUAGAAUGAUUCUUGGUUCCGCACCAAGAUUGGAGUUGGAAGGUUUAGGUGACCUUUAUCAAAAUGUAAUGAAAUCCAAUUUCGAAAUUCAAUUAUUGAAAGGUGUGGCUAUGAAGGCUGAGAAAUUAUAUUUUAGAACUCGUCCUGCAGCUUCGCCAGAAUCGUUGAAGAGAAGUAAAGAGAUUAUUGCAUCAGGAUGGGAUGAACAAAACAUUAUGUUUGGUAAGAAUGCUGAAAAGGAGAAGCUGGAUUUCUUAGCUAAAUUACAAAAUAGAAGAAAUAAAGAGACUGUAUUUGAAUUUGCAAGUAAUCCUGAUGAUGAAAUGUCAGUUUUCAUGAAGAGAAGAAGACGUCAAUUGGCCCCAAUCCAAAGAAAGGCAAAGGAAAGACACGAAUUAUUACAAAAAGAGAAGUUAGCUGGGUUGACGCAUACGAUGGAAGAUGAAGUGUUAAAGGGUGAUAAUGCUGAGGAUAAUAGUUACACUAUUUCUGAAGACACUUUGAAACAAUUUGAAGAUGGUGAUGAACUUCUAGCAGGUCAAGAAAAUAAGAAAAAAAAGAAAACUUUUAAGGAUCCAACCUUCUUUUUAAGUCAUUAUGCACCAGCAAGUGAUAUUCAAGACAAGCAAUUGCAAGUGGCAAAUGGAUUUGCAAAUGAGGCAGCCCAAGCUGCAUAUGAUCUGAAUAAUGAUGAUAAGGUUCAAGUCCAUAAACAGACCGCCACUGUAAAAUGGGAUAAGAAGAGAAAGAAGUAUGUUAACGUUCAAGGUUUGGACAACAAGAAAUAUAUUAUUGGUGAGAGUGGGCAAAAGAUUGCAGCCAGUUUUAGAUCUGGUAAAUUCGAUGAGUGGACUAAGGCAAGGAAGUUGAAGCCAUUAAAAGUGGGAGCUAGAGAAAGUAGUAUUCCAUCGAAUCUAUUAUCAGAUCCAACCCAAGGUCCGGGUGCCCAGAACUCUGUCCGUGGAAAGUUCAAGCACAAACAACUUAAGGCACCAAAACUUCCUGACAAGCAUAGAGAUGAUUACCAAACACAAAAGAAGAAAGUGGCUAAGGCUCUUGAGAAUGGUGUUCAAGUUAGAGGGUUCCGUGGUCCUGGUAUGAAGAGUGAAUUGAAGUCCACAGAAGAAAUCAGGAAACAAAGAGCUUUCAUGGAAAAGAAACGUGCUAAGAAUGCUCGUCCUGCCAAGAGAAGGAAGUAUUAG